CUGUCCCCGCGUCAUGUGACGCGAUGUUUGUUGAGCACGCGAGAUGCACCCGGAAGUGGCGGUGUCAGUCAUAGUCCCCGGGGCAGCAGCAGCCUGAGUAGCGGGUGGCAGGACGUCUCCCGUCAGUGCAGAAGCCCCAAACUCCCGGCUGCCAUGUGGCGGCCUCACGCCUGGUGGAGCGCUGUCCGGCUGAAGCUUCACAGGGGGGACCAGCCUCCAUACCUGAGCGAUGACGCCGGCUUUGACUACCCGGACGCGGCGGACGAAGAGGAGGACGGGCUGCCCCGCUUCAACAAGCUGCGGGUGCUGGUGGCAGAUGAUGUCCCGGUCGUUAACGGGGGAACCCUGGCUCUGUCCUCGGAUGACGACUCGCUGCUCGAGCGGGACUCCCCGCACCCGGGCCGGGCAGAUCCGUGCGAGAGCUGCAGCCAGCAGCGGGAGAGGAAGCGGCAGGGGAUGGUGAAGAGGCGGCUGGGGCUGGCGGCCGUGCUCUACCUGCUCUUCAUGGUGGGCGAGCUGCUGGGUGGGUACAUUGCCAACAGCCUUGCAAUAAUGACUGAUGCACUUCAUAUGCUCACUGAUCUCAGCAGUAUUAUUCUGACCUUGCUUGCACUCUGGUUGUCGACAAAGUCUCCAAACAAACGUUUCACCUUUGGAUUCCAUCGCUUGGAGGUUCUGUCGGCCAUCAUCAGUGUAAUGCUGGUGUACGUUCUCACAGGCUUCUUGCUGUAUGAAGCAAUAGAGCGAACCAUUCACAUGGACUACAACAUUAAUGGGGAUGUAAUGCUGAUAACAGCAGCUGUUGGUGUUGCUGUAAAUAUUAUAAUGGGAUUUUUGUUGAAUCAAGCAGGCCAUCCUCAUUCCCACUCACACUCCCCAAGUGCUCCAGCUACUACUUCUCUCAGCCCCCACGGGCAUAGUCACGGUAGUCUAGCCGUGCGAGCUGCUUUUAUACACGCGCUAGGUGACCUCGCUCAAAGUGUUGGUGUACUCAUUGCUGCAUACAUCAUUCGUUUCAAGCCAGAAUACAAAAUUGCAGACCCAAUCUGUACCUACGUAUUUUCUGUACUAGUACUUUUUACUACUGUGCGACUUAUAAGAGACACAGUCCUUAUAAUACUUGAAGGAGUUCCAAAACACCUAAAUGUGGAUCACAUCAAAGAAGACAUGAUGAAAAUAGAUGAUGUAUUUUCAGUAGAAGACCUUAAUGUCUGGUCACUGACAACAGGAAAAUCCACAGCCAUAAUCCGUUUACAACUAAGUCCUGGCUCUUCAUCAAAGUGGGAGGAAGUUCAAAGCAAAGCGAGACACAUACUACUAAACACGUAUGGAAUGUACAAGUGCUUUAUUCAGAUGCAGAGUUACAGGCAAGAAGAGAGCACAGCAUGUGCCAACUGUUCCAGUGCCUAAGUCCCGUGGACUGCUGCCUUACCACAGACCUAUCCCAAUACAGCAAUACUUGCUAACUUUGAAUGUUUGAUGAAGCAAGUGUAUGUACUCUGUGGCACACCUCCUCAAUAGAAGCACACUUAUUUUUUUUUUAGUGGAACCCUUGAUCCCUACAGAUGGAGGAAAUGCUCGAUAGUGAAAUAAGACCAAUUUUAAAGUGCUGUUUACAGAUUUAAGCACGUUUGCACAAAUCUCAGACCUAGGGCUAGAAGAAGGAAGCCCUGCGACGAGGACCCAAAGUUAUCCACUGUUUGAUGGAUGAUACAGGUUAACAUUUGUAUUUAAUAGGACAUAAUUAGUUACUAUUAAACAUAUAUAGCAUAUUGUGUCAUGCUCCCAUCAGCAGAACCUUACACACCCUUGCUUCUUUCUGAAGUUCAAGCACUUAUGUUACUUCAUUCCAGAGCAGGUGUUGUUUCUAUAAAACAUUACCUUGCACAGCAGGUUAAUAAUAUAUUUUUACUGCCUCCAAUGCACAUUAGACUGUAGUGUGUAUAUAUAAAUACUCACUCUGCUUCUAAUCCAGCAGUAAUACAAUCAACUCUUAUUAGCUCUGACAAACUUCUGAAUCUGAUGAUUUACGAGAGGAUAGGAGUAAAGAUUUACAGACUGAUUUGACUAUUGCAGAAUAAGUAAUUGCCAUCAUUGUCUGAAGGUGGAACUAUUUUCUUUACCAGUAUUUUUGCCUGUUGCCAUGAAAGUGCUGCCCUUGUGAUAGUGCUGCUUACAGUAUAUGGAGUGUAAGCAUGAGAUCAUGUAUGAACUUACAUUUCAGAUGUCACCCCAGGCUGCUGGAAUUUAAUCUGUGCGGCCAACUCGUAUAACCACAGGCCAGUGUUAUUCAUAGAUUAGAUGUAGAGAAAAACAUUUCAUAUAGCCUGCCAAACUGACUAUAACAAGGGUAUUUGAGAUAGAUAUAUAUAUAUAAAAAAAAUUUUAUUGCUCAUUUGGCCACAAGAUGGCAUUUCAGUUAAUAUUGUAUCCUUGCAGAGCAAGCGACAUGACAGCUCACACUGUUUAAAUGAAAAUAUGCUGCAACUGUAUCUUCCAUUUCUUUUACCAAACAUGAACACUGAUAUAUGAAGAAGAAACAAACACUACUUAAGGAAGUUUCUUUCAGGCUUUGGUAAGAUGACCAUCCUGUACUUGAUCUAGGCAGUGUUAUAUCCAAUUAGAAGGACCAGAUUUCUAACAUGCACUUUUAUAGGACAAUGGUUCUAUGCCAUACCAUCACCAUUGGGUUAUUUGAACAUUCACUUUUCUUUUUUUUUUUGUUGCUAUUUUAGCUUGUACAUAAACCGAAGAUAGUAUAUUUUAUUAAACCAGUACUAAGUGGAUUUUACCCACUGGCUAUACAUGACAAAAUAAAAAGCCAAUGUAAAAAAAAAAAAGUAUUUGUAAAAGCCAAAGUAGUAAGUUGUGGUUAUUAACCUUUGAGCCCUGGGGCUCAUGUGCAGUCUCCUUCCACUGAAGCUUUAGCGCAGAAGAAGAUUAUUGGGUUUACAAUCCAACAAGUGCAGAGCUAGACCAUGUGUGAGAGCUGUAUGUAUUAAAAUAUAUUUUCCCUGCCCCUCACCAGCAUAAAUGCACUGAACACAAGUGUGAAGAUGUUGGUGACAAAGUUUAAGUGUAAUAGUGAUUGUGCUUCAGUUUGUGUUACCACUUUACGUGAACUUCAUUAAUGUUCUUCCUCCUGCAAAUGAUUUAUAAUAAGUUCUUGGCACAUUAUUUCUGUAAGAAAAUAAGGUUGGUACUGAAAUUGCACAACACAGUGUUUAUAAUAAAAUAUUUAUUACAUGGCUA